AUGGAACUCUUCGAGGAGAACAACAGCUUGGCGGGCGGCUCGUGUCAGUCGGGCACCCUUUUGCUCUUCAGCCUGCUCAGGUCGCUGGUGUGGGAGCAGUGCUACCUGGGCAGACAGGCGGCCUCGGUGCCCAACCGGCCCGAGAGCUACAUGCAGACGUACGAUUUCGUCGUCGUUGGCGGCGGCAGUGCCGGCUGCGUUUUGGCCAGCAGACUCACAGAAGUCGCGAAAUGGAAUGUUUUGCUCAUCGAAGCGGGCGGCGACGAACCGCCAAAGUCGCAGGUUCCUGGUUUCAUCGACGCCCUGAUGGACAGCGAAAUCGACUGGAGCCUGCGUUCGGUGCCGCAGGAGACGUGCUGCCUGGGCUACCCCGAGCAAAGGUGUCGGCACCCGCGCGGCCGCGUGCUGGGCGGCUCGAGCACCAUCAACCGCAUGAAGUACGUGCGGGGCAACCGGCGCGACUACGACCGCUGGGUCGAGCUGGGCAACCCUGGCUGGAGCUACGCCGAGGUUUUGCCCUUUUUCAAAAAGUCCGAGCGCAAUUACGAGUUCUUCGACGAGUACCACAGUUCCGAGGGCUACCUGCCGGUGGAAAGGUUUAGGCACACGUCGGCCCUGUCCGCGGCCAUCAUCAGGGCCGGCGCCGAGCUGGGCUACCGGACCGACGUGGACGUCAACGGCAGGCACCAGGACGGCUUCGUCAGGGCGCAGACGACCUCGUGGAACGGCAUCAGGUACAACUCGGCCAAGUCCUUCCUCAAGGCCGUGCGCAACAGGACCAACCUGCACGUCGUCAAGCACGCCCUGGUGACCAGGGUGUUGUUCGAGGGGGCGGACAAGAGGGCGUCGGGGGUCGAGUUUAUCUUCCAGGGGACUUUCUUGAAGGUUUUCGCCACCAAAGAAGUGAUUUUGUCCGCCGGCGCCUUCAAAUCGCCGCAGAUUCUGCUCCUCUCCGGCAUCGGCCCUGCCGAGCACCUCAGAGAAAAAGGGGUGUUCGUCAACCAGGACCUGCCGGGGGUGGGGGAAAACCUGCAGGAUCACGUGAGCGUGCCCGUGCCCAUCGUCACUCGAGGAAGUGAAAGGGAGGAUGAGGCGGAGAUCGAAAGUCAGUAUUUGCUGAAAAGAUCCGGGCCUUUGAUGACGACCGGGAUUUCCCAAAACACGGCCUUCAUUUCGAGCUCACCUUCGGAGGGGAAGAGAUUCAUCCCCUGGCCGGACGUUCAACUUUACUUUGGCCAAUCGCCCCGAAUGUGCUCCACGACGAAGGGUGCAAAUUCAGUCGAUUGCCAGUUCUUCCCCUUAGCAAGGGAGUUCAAUAUUUUUCCUGCAAUUCUGCGGCCAAAGAGCAGGGGGGUGGUGAGUCUGGCGGACAAAGACCCCACGAAUCCACCCCUGAUCAACCCCAGAUACUUUUCCAAAAGGGAGGAUGUGCGGACUUUGGUGAGCGCGGUGCGGCGAGUGCAGAAGUUGCUUCAAACCGAAGCGUUUCGCAGGAUCGAGGCUCGUUUGAACGCGACCCACGUGCGGGGGUGCGAAAACCACCCCUUUGACUCGGACCCGUACUGGGAGUGCGCGAUGCGUGCCAACAGUGUCACGGUGCACCACGUGGCGGGAACGUGUAAAAUGGGGCCGGAGAACGACCCUGAGGCCGUGGUUGAUGCCGAGUUAAGGGUGCACGGCGUGCAGGGGUUGCGAGUGAUUGACGCGUCCAUCAUGCCGCACGUCGUCUCGGGCAACACCAACGCACCCACCAUUAUGAUCGCCGAAAAAGGCGCUGAUUUCAUCAAAAAGCAAUGGAACCAGAAUCAUUAA